UCUUUGCACGGUAUCCAGACGCCAUGUCCCCGCCGCCGCGCUCGCGCUGGAACAAGAUGGCUGCGCGUGGAGCGGGAGCGAGAAAACACUGAAACACACAGACAAACGUCUAAAGUGGGAAAAAUAUUCUUUUUUUUUUAUUAAAAAAAAAAAAAACAGUUUUUGCUGUUAGAGGCAGAAAGCCGCGCGAGCGCAGUUAAAACUCAUGACUGCGGAUGAGAAGAUCCGGGAUAAGUUGCUUCCUUUUUCCAUCUGUUUUUCUUUAGGCUAACUGCACUAAAGUUACACAAUUAGAUCUAAAGUUACUCUAAAAAGUACCUUUACAAACUUAAGUUAGAUGUUACCCGUAAAGAUCCGCUGCUUAGUUUCAGCUGUUUUUUCUAGAGUCGGGUCUCGAUCAUCAUAACGUCGUGUUGUUACUAUAGUUUAGGACGGUUAAAAGUUUUUAAAAAAAUAUUUUGUAUGUAUACGAAAAUAUUUACAGCAUUUCUACAAAUCCUGGCGCCAGCGAAUUAACACGUCAUCAUCCAUAUACUUAUUGAUCUGGGUAUUGAUUGGGUAUGAGUUUGAGUCGCGGGCGCUCCCAGCAGUCGCAGCCUCACACGGGCGCUUCUCCGAACCCCCGCAUGGACCCCAGCGAGGGCAUAGAGAUGGAGAGGAUCCACCACCACCAGGACCUGGGGCUGGGGGCUUCCAUGGGAGCCCCUCUGGGAACCCCCAGCCCCCCCUCCUCCAGCUCGAGGCAGGCCUGGAGUCGCGACAACCCAGGGUUCGAGCCCGAGGAGGAGAUGCUAGAGGCGGACUGGCCUCCGGCGGGCUCGGCCAGAAGGUCCGUGUCCAUUGCCUCCAGCAGCAGCAGCAGCACCAGCAGCGGCCUGGGCAGUUUGCACGGAGAUGGGGGCAGCAGCCAGACCCAAAGGGGUCUCUACCCAACACCACCCGUGGAUGUCCACCAGCACCCAGGCAGGCGUGACCACCGCAGCUGUGGGAAAAGGAUCCUGGAGAAAAUAAGAAUUCUGUGGGGAACACGUCUGAUGGAGGACAGCGACAGCAGCAGGGAGAGGUACCUGAAGAACGUCCUCCGGGAGAUGCUCACCUACAUCGCCUUCCUCGUCACCUUGUGCUUCCUGCAGUACGGUAUGGUGAGUUCCAGCAUGUUCUACUAUACUAAGGUGAUGACACAGCUGUUCCUGGACUCGCCGCUGUCCAGCGACAACAGAGCCAGUUUCAGAAACCUCGCUACCAUGGAUGAGUUCUGGAAGUUCACAGAGGGUCCACUUCUGAACGGUCUCUACUGGGAGGUUUGGUACAACAACAAGACCAUCGCAGAGAACCAGAGUUUCAUUUACUAUGAGAACCUGCUGCUGGGGGUCCCUCGCCUGCGCCAGGCAAGGGUCGGGAAUAAGUCCUGCGUUGUCCACGAGGACCUGAGGAGCGAGGUGCAGGACUGCUUUGCUCCCUACUCCUCCGCCAACGAGGAAAGGUCGCCCUUCGGCCUCGGGAACGGCACGGCUUGGCUGUACACCGACGCCAGCCGGAUGAAUGGAAGCCACCACGCUGGCCUCGUGGCCACCUACGGUGGGGGAGGGUACUACGAGGACCUGUCCCGCACCAGAGAGGAGACGGCUACUCAGCUGCGCUCACUCAAGGACAACCUGUGGCUGGACCGGGGCACCCGUGCAGUCUUCAUCGACUUCUCUGUCUACAACAGCAACAUCAACCUCUUUUGUAUUGUCAGGCUGCUGGUGGAGUUUCCUGCAACCGGGGGCGCUCUCACGUCGUGGCAGUUCCAGACAGUCCGACUGAACCACUACGCGUCCGGCUGGGACUUCUUCAUUGGGGCCUGUGAAGUUGCUUUCUGCUUCUUCAUCCUCUACUAUGUGGUGGAGGAGGCCCUGGAGAUCCGCAUCCACAGACUCCAUUACUUCAAGAGCUUGUGGAACUGCCUUGAUGUGUUGAUCGUCAUGUUGAGCAUCCCUGCCAUCAUCAUCAGCAUCUAUAGAAAGUCCACAGUGAACGACCAGCUGAAGAACCUUCUGGAACAUCAUGACACACACCCAAGCUUUGAGCAGCUUGCCAGGCUGCAGGUUGACUUCAACAACCUUGCAGCUGUAAUUGUUUUCUUUUCUUGGAUCAAGCUCUUCAAGUUCAUCAACAUCAACAAAACGAUGAGCCAGCUGUCCACCACCAUGUCCCGCUGUGCCAAGGACAUCAUCGGCUUCGCCAUCAUGUUUUUUAUCAUCUUCAUUGCGUACGCUCAGCUCGCGUACCUUGUGUUUGGCACGCAAGUCAACGAAUUCAGCACCUUUGAGGCAUGCAUUUUCACACAGUUCUGCAUCAUUUUGGGAGACUUUGAAUUUUCCAAAAUCGAAGAGGCAAACAGGAUUUUGGGGCCCAUUUAUUUCACAACCUUUGUUUUCUUCAUCUACUUCAUCUUACUGAACAUGUUUCUGGCCAUUAUCAAUGACACGUACUCUGAGGUGAAGGCCGAUGUGGCUCAGCAGAAGUCUGAGAUGGAGCUGACCGACCUCAUCAGGAAGGGCUACAACAAGGCCAUGGUGAAACUGCGGCUGAAGAAGACCACGGUGGAUGACAUCUCGGACAGCCUUCGGCACGCCGGAGGGAGGCUGAACUUUGACGAGCUGCGUCAGGAUCUCAAAGGGAAGGGACACACUGAUGCAGAGAUCGAGGCGAUCUUUGCCAAGUAUGACCAUGAUGGCGACCAGGAACUGACUGAACACGAACAUCAGCAGAUGAGGGAUGACCUGGAGAAGGAAAGAGAAGACCUGGAGGUGGAGCGCAGCUCUCUGCCCCGCCCAGUGAGUGGGCGGAGCUUCCCUCGAAGUCAGGAUGACUCGGAGGAGGACGAUGAUGAGGACAGUGGCCACAGUUCUCGUCGCCGUGGCAGCUGUUCAGGUGGCGAGUCCUAUGAAGAACUCCAAGUCCUGGUGCGCCGAGUUGACCGUAUGGAGCACUCCAUUGGGAGCAUUGUGUCCAAGAUGGACGCUGUCAUCGUCAAGCUGGAGGCUAUGGAGAGAGCCAAGCUGAAGAGGCGGGAUGUGCUUGGCCGACUGCUGGAUGGGGUGUUGGAGGACGAGCGGACAGGGAGGGACAGUGAGGUGCACCGAGAGCUCAUGGAGCGACUGGUCCGUGAGGAGCUUGAGCGCUGGGAGUCAGACGAUGCUGUCUCGCAGGUUGGCCACCAGCUGGGUGCUCAGCUGGCCACCGGGGGGCACCCUCGGCCCCGCAGCUCCCGGCCUUCUUCCUCCCAGUCCACCGAGGGUCUGGACUCGGGAAGCAAUGGAGGAAACCACCUUUGAGACCAACCGUCCUGCUACUGACAUGGUGAUUACAGCCCCACUGUCUUACCUGCAGAAAUCAGGUUGAGACCAGGAGAAGAUAAUUUGUUCACAACCAUUGAACUUGAGGGCUGGGGGGGGACUGGAAUGAUCAGAUUGCUGUGGAUUAUAGGAC